UUUGACCUCUGCCUGGAUACCAGCGUUUUUAGACAAUCUUGAUGCGGUCACUGAAAAAGUGGAUGAUGACGACUUCCAGAAGAUGAUUUCAGUUAAACUAAUCCAGCUAAUAAUUAUAUCAAUAUGGCCGUCUGAAGUUUGCCUCUUUGACUCUCAGAAACAGAAUGGAAACUAUGACUAUGGCCAUGCAUAAUGUGAAGGGAUAGGUAUGCCAAUGUUUCUACUCUAGGAAGACCAGUCCAGUUUUUUUUAACUGACUCCUUGAUUCAUUAGUUAAAAUGGCUUAUCGAUCAGGCAUUGUUGACUAGCAGCUCCAGGUGCUGGGGCCCAUGUCUCGUGUGGCCACUUGAUGACAUCACAAAGUGGAGAGUCACCAAAAUCAAUACACUGUCAGCACUGAUGGACUCCAACGAUGGACUCAUAGGAAUCAGCAAAAGUAUAUUUGGGGAAGAGACAUUUGUACUUUGUGCAGGUCUCUCUCUGUUGAUGCAUUUAGAGCAAGGCAAUCAUCACAAAAUACUUGGACAUGUAGAGGUAACUCCUUGGGACGCUUUGAGU